AUGGAAAACUCUGAAGGCAGACUCGUCGACUUGUACAUCCCUCGCAAGUGCUCCGCCACUAACCGUUUGAUCACUGCUAAGGACCACGCUUCCGUCCAGAUCAACGUCGGUGAGGUCGAUGCCAGCGGUCGUUACACCGGUAGCUUCACCACCUAUGCUCUUUCUGGUUUCGUCCGCAAGGAGUCUGAGGCUGAUGAUUCCAUCAACCGUCUUGCUACCAAGGAUGGCCUUCUCAAGAACGUCUGGUCUUACCAAAAGUAA